GUCUUUGCUGAACGGUGCGCGGUUUCUUUCUGGUGUGUGUGCAGCACGCGUUUAUAGGAGAUAAAAAUACAGAUUAAAAAAUGGCUCGAAACGCGGAGAAAGCUAUGACGACACUUGCUCGUUGGAGAGCGGCGCAGAAUAACGAGGGAGCUAGGAAGGAACAGGAAAGGAGACCGUAUCUCGCGUCGGAAUGUAGAGAUUUACGUAAGGCGGAAAAAUGGAGAAUGCAGAUAAUCAGAGAGAUCGCAAAGAAAGUCGCACAAAUUCAGAAUGCCGGACUCGGAGAGUUUCGAAUUCGCGAUUUAAACGACGAGAUCAACAAAUUGCUAAGAGAGAAACGGCACUGGGAGGCGCAGAUAAAAGAACUCGGCGGGCCCGAUUACUCCAGAGUUGGACCGCGCAUGCUGGAUCACGAGGGACGUGAGGUUCCCGGAAAUCGUGGUUACAAAUAUUUCGGCGCCGCCAAGGAAUUGCCGGGUGUGCGGGAAUUGUUCGAGCAAGAACCGCCACCGCCUCCCCGAAAAACUCGGGCGGAAUUGAUGAAGGACAUAGACGCGGAUUAUUACGGUUACAUGGACGAUGACGACGGCAUUCUUAUACCGUUGGAACAAAAGGCGGAACAAGAAGCUAGGGAAAUAUGUGUUCGCGAUUGGGUGUCGCACGAGAAGGAACCCGAAGUCGACUUCGAGAUAACCGCGCAAAAACCGAUUCCUUCGCAACAAGACAUUCAGGAAGCCCUGCUGGCUAGGAAAAAGAAAGAACUGUUGGAAAAAUACGGAUUGGAUUGAAAAUCAAAUCUGAUCGGAAAAAUUUUUGUAUAAAAAGAAAAAAUCCAAAAUCCAUCUAGGACGUCCAAGAGAGCGUUGCGAUAAUAACUAUUGAUAAAUUUAUUUAAGUUUAAGUAUAUAUUAGAAUACAUUUUUUUUUUUAUAAAACGCGAUGAAUAUAAUUAUUGUUAAUUUAUAAGUACGUAGUAACAUUGAUUUAAGGUAAUUAAUUUGUGCAGUAGACAUUCAAACUUGAAUUAAUGCUUAUCGAGAGAAACGGGUGCUGUAGAUAAAAUAUAGAUCAAAAUCCAAAACGUUAGUCUGUUUAUAAUCUUCGCGACCUGGUUGGUGUCUUUUUUUUGUGUCGUCUCAUCUUCUUUCGCUUUGAGGGGAAGAAGACGAUAUGUAAAAACAAUGACAAUGAUGCAAAGAAACAUCGGAAGAAGUACAUAAAUAAAGUAUGUAAAUUAUUGUGUGUUAAUUAUCUGUGAUGUAUGUAAUUUAGAAAUAUGUAUAUAAAGGUCGCAUUGUGGCAAAGUUCUCGGUUUCGCGCAUUAAAUUUUCAAGUUGUCUCCAUUGAUCCGUCAGAUCAAUAAAGCGCAAUAAAAAAAAGAAUCUGAACGACGAUUCGGUGACAAAAGCUCGGCAAAGUGAAUCAAGUUGUGAUCGAUGAUUUCGAAAACUAAAAAUUUCUCUAUCGUACGCGAAUCAAACGCGUGAUCAAUUCAAAUUGAUCGUUCGCGGUGUGAGAUUUAAUUUUUUUUUCAUCGCGAUCUUACGAUUUUUACGUCAACUUCGAAGAGCGCAAAAGGCCUAAAAUUUACUCUGAAAAAACUAUCUGCUAAUGUAACAUAUACACGUUACCUCAUGCUGGCUCCGUCCUGCAAAAUUGUUUUUCUUCCUAAAUUUUAACGUCUGUGUUAUUACAAAAAAAAACAAAUAUAUCCCUCUCCGACGGUCUCGAAUCGGUAGAUUUUUUUUUUCUACGCUAUAUGUUAUUACUUUAAUUGAUAUCGAUAUUUACAUAAUAUUGUUUUCCCUUCUCUUCAGAAUCGUGCCGUUUAUAAACAGACUAUAUAUCAUAUGCAAGUGUAUGUGUGUGUGUGUGUGUGCGCGCGCGCGUGUGUGUGUACGUGUGUAACAUCGCUAGGACUCAGAAGCGCGUUCGCAAUGUGUAAUCUUCCUCUUUUUUUUUUGUGAACCGCUCUAUAUACAAUGUCCGCGUUAAAAUCGAAAAGAAACGACUUAUUCUACGAACAUUACGGGUCUAAAUUGAGAUUGAGAUAGAGAUGGAGAGAGAGAGAGAGAGAAAAAGAGCGAGCAAAGAAUCGAUAAAUAAAAGAUAAAUUCUCCAAAUCCAGGACAUUGUAUACUCAAGUUGUGUGUUCUACGUGUAGUCUUUUAAUCCUUGCAUAUGUAUAUACAAUAAUAGCUUCUCCUCACUGUAUAUAUACUAAAUAUGCACGUAUAAAACAUUCACGCUGUGCGAUAAGAAAUUUUUGUUCUCCGUGCCUUCUAAAAAAAAAAAAAAACAAAAAUAAAAAUAAAAACCGAUUUCUGAGUCCUCACGAUCGCUUUUAUUCCUAAAUAUGUGAAUGAGAGAAAGAGAGAGAGAGAGAGAGAGAGAGAGAGAAUAGUUCGAGCAUGGAUUAAUAACUAUUAUAUAUGAAAAUUGUGUUUAUAUAUCGCUAUGGAGAGGCUUGAAAAAGUCAAGCGUUGAAUGAUUCACAGCAUCUGUUUGUCCGUUAAUCAGUCGCUGGCUUUGCCCGCUAAUCUGGGGGUCCCCUAACGGUGUUUUUUGGUCUACCUCCCACCGUCUGUAUUUUUUUUAUCACUUUUGUAUACACUUUUAUUUUUAUAAUAAUAACGAUGUUUUAAUCACCGUGAACUCACUGUCUCGUCUCGUGUGUGUUUUAUUCCAGAUAAUUAAUAAAAAAAAAAAAAAGAAAAUCUCGUGCCGAUACAAGAAACGAAGGCCGAUCGAAAAAUUUUUGGAUUGAAUCAGAUUGACGUUUGAUUGCUCGUGAGUUCAAUGCGCAUCAGCGGAGCAAACUCUUAACUCUUUGACACCUGUGCAAUUAAUUGUCGUAUCUCUAACAGAAACACUUUCUUAUAAAUACAAGACAUUGAAAUCGCACGUACAACGUUGAGAUCAUUGAUGAUAAUUAAAAAUUGAGAACCAAUAUGUAUCUCUCUAUAACAUUUAUACAUGUUGAAAAAAAAAAAAAAAAAAAACUAUUUUUAUAUGUGUUUAAAAGCAUUUCGCAAAUUAAGAAUAAUUUUCUCUUCACAGAGAAAAUUUAUAUUACAGCGUGUCUGAAUUAUUUGAAUAUAAUUUAUCUGAAUAUAUUUAGCUAGACUUCGGAGAUUGAGAGAUACUCCUUUCCUCGCUGCGGUUGUUGUAUCGAGCAAAUUCGAAACGCAAACGUCGGAAGUAACAAAUUGUGAGAAGUUUGUUUUGUUUGUCUUGCGAUUUACGUGCGAAUCUUUUUUCACGUGUUUUGCUCUCGACGUGUCUCGCACAAUUUGUACAUAUCUCUAAUUUAUAUCACUGAUUGAUAAUAAAAUAUACCGCAAACUUUUUUGAUUAUUCGGCAUUAAUAUUAAUCUUAAGCGUUCGCUCUAUACAAUUCCAGCGAAACUAGGCCUUGCGUACAACAUGGAUUCCGAUUUAUUACAAAUAUUUAUUCAGAAAGUUUUAACUUUCCGCGCAUGUGUAUGUGAAUAUAUUGAGAAAAGAAAAAAAUUUCCGGUAUAUAUUUGAUCAAUCUAUAUGCUGUUUGAAUACGCCGAACAAACAUGCCGACACACUCGAGAGAUAUUUUUAUUCCGACGGAGUCGCAUGGAAAACAAUUGAAGCAAUUUCUUACUUUUUCCGACGUUUCGCGAUUCAACGGGGGGCGCCGCCGACCCCCCCCCCCCAGCGAGUAAUCGAAGAAUUCGCAAUCGCAGAGAGUUCAUAGAUAAAAUUUGUACGUUUGCGUAACACGCACACACACCCACACACACCCACACACACACACAUAACAUACAUCCCCCCGUAUAUAUCCUUAUAUCAAAUAAAUUGUUUUAUUUUUUUCUCGCGAUUUAAAACGUGGACGUGAUAAAUCCCGUGGCCGCCUUCGAGUUGUUGUUUAUGCUCUACUUUAUAGCAUGUGUGUUUCACCUAAAAUAGUAACUAUAGCGCGGGAAAAUUUCCCCUCCCCCCUCUUUGCUCGAAAAUUCUAUAAUAUUAAUGCGUAAAUUACUCUCUCACUUUUAAACACCUUAAAUCGUAAUAUCGUGAUUGUGUGUAUGUUUCUAUUUCCGUUUUAUUUUAGUUAUAUAUCUCGACUCUACAAUCACAUCUGCGUUUACGCGAGUGCGCUUUGCGAGUCAUUGUGCGUGUCAUUUGAAUUGUGGAUGUCCGCUCGUCCGUAUUUCCACUUCGAGCCGAACUCUUGCUUGUUUAAAAAAAAAAAAAAAAAAACAAUCGUGCUACAAACCGUUCGUCGCGCUCCCACGGCGCUAAUAUUAAGUCGUUCACACCCGUGCGCGCGCGUGUGUAUCAAUCCAUUCUCGAACCAUUUUCAGGGACAACGACUGCCCGUGUUCUAAAAUUCUUUUUUUUUAUCCUGACCGUCUCUCCUAAUUUUGAUCUUUUUUUUUUUCUUAGACACACAAGAACAACACCAUCAGAUAUAAGAAACUUCUUGAAUAUACGUUAAAUACACUUGAUAUGAACACGGGCUCAAAUAUUCGCCAUAUCGAUUUUGCAUGAACAAGCAGAUCGAAUGUGUAUACAUAUAUAUACAGUAACAUGCCAUAAAAGAUGAGUUUAAUACCGACACAUUGACACAGUGUUGUGUGAUGGCAACAAUUUUUCCAAAAACAACGCGGUGCUGCUGAGAUACACACACGUGUUUGUGUGCGUGUGUGUGUUUACGUGAUUAUUAAUUAUAACGCGACGCACGACGGCACAAUGAAUCAACAAAGAAUUCAGCGAGUGUCGCGAAAAAAUUAUAAAUCGAAAAAUGUGUGUUCUCCGACGAAAAAUUUCGACUUUUCUCUCGCUGAUACUUUUUUUUUUUUUUUUUUUUU